UGCUACGGCGAGAGUUGGGCGGCGGCGGGCUCUGCCUGGAGAAUCUCACCGACCGGGAGAAGGUGGCGUAAUGGAGGGUAUGGAAGAAAAUGGAAGUGUCCAAGUUGGAGAAUUGUUGCCUUGCAAGAUUUGUGGAAGAACAUUCUUUCCAGUGGCAUUAAAAAAACAUGGACCCAUUUGCCAGAAAACUGCCACUAAAAAACGGAAGACUUUUGAUUCAAGCAGACAAAGAGCUGAAGGAACUGAUAUUCCAACAGUAAAACCUCUCAAACCUAGGCCUGAACCACCCAAAAAACCAUCCAAUUGGAGAAGAAAGCAUGAAGAAUUCAUUGCUACCAUAAGAGCCGCUAAAGGCCUUGAUCAGGCGCUUAAAGAGGGUGGUAAACUUCCUCCUCCUCCUCCCCCUUCCUAUGACCCAGAUUAUAUCCAGUGUCCUUAUUGCCAGAGAAGAUUUAAUGAAAAUGCAGCUGAUAGACAUAUAAAUUUCUGUAAGGAACAGGCAGCACGUAUUAGUAAUAAAGGCAAAUUUGCUACUGAUAUCAAAGGAAAAGCAACUUCUCGGACACAGUAUAAGCCGCCUGCUCUUAAGAAGUCAAAUUCUCCUGGAACCACACCAGUGUCUUCACGAUUACCACAACCAAGUAGCACUAGCAAAACUGUUGUAGGUGUGCCCACAGGUAAAGUGUCUUCAGUUAGCAGCUCUUUGGGAAACAAACUUCAGAACUUAUCUCCCUCCCAUAAAGGGCUAGCAGCCCCUCAUGCAGGUAAGAUGGACAAGUUAGGCCCUCCACUUCGUACUGGAAGACAUGUGCAAAGGUUGUAUGACAGUGAUACAAAGUCAGACAGUACCAUCAAAAGACAUGAGUUCUUGCCCAUUUACAAAACUAACUUCAAACCUCGCAAUUCCACACCACCUAGUUUGGCACGAAAUCCUGCCUCAAGUAUGCUUACAAGCAAAAGGAAAACAUAUACUGAGAGCUACAUAGCCAGGCCAGAUGGAGACUAUACAUCUUCACUCAAUGGUGGAACUAUUAAAGGCAUUGAAGGAAAUUCUUCUGGACACUUACCAAAAUUCUGCCAUGAGUGUGGGACUAAAUACCCUGUGGAAUGGGCAAAGUUUUGCUGUGAAUGUGGUAUUCGAAGAAUGGUUCUGUGAGGAAAAUCCUAAAAGAAAGAGCUAAGUCCAGAGUUUAUGACUUGCUGCUUAGACAGCUAGAAUACUUCCUCUAGUUAUUUUAUGCUAAAAUUCUUCAAAAUACUUUUUUCAGCAGGUUUUGGAGCAUAAUCCUUUGGCUAUGUAAUGUAUGUGUGUAUAUAUUUGUGUACAUAUACUGUAUAUAAUAAAAUACCUGAUACCCAACUGUGCCAUUCAAGGAAAUAUUCACUUAUCUGUCAGAAAAUAGUUUUUUGUGGAAUCAUUAACUUCAAUAUUAUUUUACUGUUGUUAAAGCACAUUAAGUAUACCGCCACAAAUUCUAAAACCCUAAUGCUUUUUACCCUUCAAACUUUAUGAUGAUUAUUACUUUGAGGAAAAAAUCAGAAUAAAUAUUUUACUAUUGGUGCCUAUUCGGGUCGUAUACUAGGAUGGGAUACUUGGAACUCUGAAUGGGAAGAGAGUAUUUUUGUUAUGAUUAGUUAUAUAAGAUCAUUUUGCUGUAGAGCACUUCAACAAUUCAGUUUUUUUUUUUUUUAAAAGAGAAAAAGCUUUUAGGUCGACAUUGCCAACUAAUUGUUGUAUUAUUAUAUAAUUUAAUAUCUUUACUCAUUCUUCAGAAAUGUAAUUAUACGAUUUCCUUUUCAGAGAUACAACACUGAAAAUAUAAAUGUAUCUUAUUUUUGUUCUGAAUGAUUUUUUAAACCUUUAUAUUUGUUGACCACAUAAUUUUUCUACUUCCAAUUUCAUCUUUUUCUUCUCCAUAAUCCUACAUCUAAGAGUAGUUUCAGUUUACUGUUUCAUUUGUGAAAAGGUUGAAGAUAAAGCUAUUUAAGAUGCACAUAAUUCUUUGCAAAAAAAAAAAAAUCUUACUACCAUAUACCUGAAUUUAGAAUUUAGAAACAAGUGUUUUACUGGAUUUUGAAACAAGCUGCCUCAUUUAAUAAAUAUUAAUUAUGGUAAUUAAUCCUUACUUCAGGGCAUGCAAGUAAAAGUGCUUAGAUUUCAGCUAUUUCAAAUGUAGUUAGAUACAGUUAAGAGUAGCUUAAGAGGAUAUCUUAAUUUUUCCUACUCAUAUUUUCUUUUUAAUGUUUAAUGAUGAAACACCUUUCACAUUAUAAAAAGUCACUGGAAAAAUGUAUUGUUUUAAUGCAUAACUGAUUUGUAAUGUAUUUAAACACAAAAAAAUCAUUUUCUCUUUGAAAUACAGCUUUUAAUCAUCAGCUCAGUGUAACAUAGCAUUUUUGUAGAUCUCUGAUUGCACAACCAUAUUCUGUAAUUCAGUAGUAACUUCUGUUGAAUCAAACCUAACAGAGUUUCAAUCUUAUAUUUUAGGCAAUUUCUAGCUUCUUGUUUAUGAUUCGGAUCAUCUAUAAGAAUCAACGUAAAAAUUAAUGGCUUAGAAUUUGUUUUUGAAACUUAUCUAUCUUUAUACUUUAUAAAUUUUCAUUAGUUUUUUUGCUUUUUCAGUUUCGGAAAGGGAUAUAAACUUCAUGGAAAUUAUAAUUGUCAUUUUCUUAUAGUUUCUUCGCUUUUAAAAUUUUUGGUGUCUUAAAGUCAUAUUGGUUAGAAAAAAGUGCAUCAUCUAUAAUAAGCUGUAAUAAAUUCAGGAUAAUAAUGUACGGAUUAGAUUAUGAAUUUAGUCACUUAUGUUCUUCAUCCGACACAUAUCAUAUGAAGAACUUUAAACUCUUGUUUUAUUUAGAAACAUUAUUUUCUUUCAAAUAUUUUUUUAAGACCAUAAAAUUUUUAUCUGCCUAAGGAAGGGAUAGAUAAAUGAGUUUAAAGAAAGUGGCACAUGUUUGUUUCUCACUGAAUUUUAUAGGUUCAAUUAAAUGUAUAAUGUACCUUAUGGAGAAUGAGUUGGUAAGAAACCAUCGAAUUCCAGAGUCCAGCUAUUAUAAAGUAAGUAGGAGAAAUAUAUUUAUGAAUAAUGAAACAUUGUGACAAUGUAUUUAAGUGCAUAUAUCACUGUCAUAUAUUGUUCUCACAUUGGUUUGUUGUGCAAUAGUUUCAUUUUUAUUAAAACUUCAAUCUAUGCAUCAUUUAUCUUAAUUUUAUUUAUUUUCGCAAGUACUUGCCAGUUUGAUAGAAUAAAGAAAUGGUUGUAAGCUUAAAUUUAAAAUGUAAAAAUUGCUCUUGUAUUCUGAAAGUUAUUAGCUUGCAAAAGUAAGAUGAUUAUGGCUGCUGUUGUGUCUUGUUCACUGUUUUAUUACAAAUAAUGUCUCAUCUUUGAACCUAUUCAAUAAAGACAUGAAGCAAAAA